GGUUGCUUUGUGCGUUCAUUUCAUCCGUAGUUUUCCUUUUAUCUACCUCUUCGCCUUUGCUCAUUUGGUGUCGAUUCAUUGAGAGCAACGCAUCUCUACGGAAGAGUCAACAUUCGCUGCAUUAAUUAUUAAUUGAAGAAAUUUAAUAAAUUGUGUUAAAGUAUAACAGGCAAUUGCAUAAAAACGUUUUUAAAUUAAUAUUGCAUAUUGUGUAAAUGUUUAUUGUUUAAAAAUUUUCAAAUUACGCCGUUAAUAAAAUUUGAAGAUUUUGUUAGUGCCAAAAUAUUAAAACAACAAAAUAAAGAAAUUCCAUUUAUCCUUAAGUUAUAAGCUUAUAACAUUUUGAAGAAUAUCAAACAGCCACAAUAUGUCAGCUAACGUAGUGCCCACUAAUGGUUUUGCAACCUCUUCUGCUGAUGAAAACUUACAAGAUGGUUUGUCUUGCCAAGACUUGUUUGCCAAUGCCGAGGGUUUGACCUACAAUGAUUUCCUUAUCCUGCCCGGUUUUAUAGAUUUUACUGCCGAAGAAGUAGAUCUUAGCUCUCCUUUAACCAAGAAGUUAAAAUUACGCGCUCCCUUGGUCUCCUCCCCCAUGGACACUGUUACAGAAUCUGAAAUGGCUAUUGCUAUGGCGUUGGGUGGUGGUAUUGGCAUUUUACACCACAACUGCACCCCCGAAUACCAGGCCAAUGAAGUGCACAAGGUAAAGAAGUACAAACAUGGUUUCAUACGCGAUCCCUCCGUUUUGUCGCCCGACCAAACCGUGGGUGAUGUUUUGGAGGCCCGCCGUAAAAACGGUUUUACCGGCUAUCCCAUUACCGCCAACGGCAAGUUGGGCGGCAAAUUGUUGGGUAUUGUGACGUCGCGCGACAUUGAUUUUCGCGAAAACCAGCCUGAAAUCAAAUUGGGCACCAUAAUGACCACUGAUCUGAUCACUGCUCCCAAUGGCAUUAAUCUACCCAUGGCUAAUGACAUUUUGGAAAAGAGCAAAAAGGGUAAAUUGCCCAUCGUCAAUGAAAAUGGCGAAUUGGUGGCCCUUAUAGCACGCACAGAUUUGAAAAAGGCUCGUUCUUAUCCCAAUGCCUCAAAGGACAGCAACAAACAGUUGUUGGUGGGUGCCGCCAUCGGUACACGGCCCGAGGACAAGGAUCGUCUUAAACUGUUGGCGGCCGCCGGUGUUGAUGUUAUUGUUUUGGAUUCGUCUCAAGGCAACUCCAUGUAUCAAGUUGAAAUGAUUAAGUUUAUUAAGACCACCUAUCCCGAGUUGCAGGUUAUUGGCGGAAAUGUUGUUACCCGUGCCCAAGCCAAGAAUCUUAUUGAUGCUGGCGUUGAUGCGUUGCGCGUAGGCAUGGGCUCUGGCUCAAUUUGUAUUACCCAAGAGGUGAUGGCCUGUGGUUGUCCACAAGCCACCGCCGUCUACCAAGUCUCCUCCUAUGCCAAACAAUUUGGAGUGCCCAUUAUUGCCGAUGGUGGCAUACAGUCUAUUGGUCACAUUGUUAAGGCUUUGUGCUUGGGAGCAAGUGCAGUCAUGAUGGGCUCUUUGUUGGCUGGCACCUCAGAAGCACCCGGUGAAUACUUCUUCUCGGAUGGUGUGCGCUUGAAGAAAUAUCGCGGUAUGGGUUCCCUAGAGGCUAUGGAGAGACGUGAUGCCAAGGGGGCGGCCAUGUCUCGCUACUAUCACAAUGAUAUGGACAAAUUGAAGGUGGCUCAAGGUGUUAGUGGCAGCAUUGUGGACAAGGGUUCAGUGCUACGCUAUUUGCCCUAUUUGGAAGUGGGUCUGCAGCAUAGUUUACAAGAUAUUGGCUCCCGCUCCAUUGAAGAGUUGCGCGCUUCGAUUUACACUGGCAAAUUGCGUUUCAUGAAACGUACCCAUUCCGCUCAAUUGGAAGGUAAUGUACAUGGUCUGUUCUCCUACGAGAAGAGAUUAUUCUAACAUACAAUGCCCUCAUGUCAACAAGGGGCGCCAACAAUGAAAAAAAGUAAAAUCUCCAUGGAACAAAUGAAUAAUCAAAGUAAUGCGGCCAAUGUAAGACAUUUUCAAAUGGGCGGUGGUGGUGGUGUUAAUAGUAAAUUAACACUAAAACCAAAUUACUGAAGAACAAAAAAAUGUUUACAAAAAAAACUUAACUUAAUCUUGUAGUAAACUAUGUAUUUGAAUAGCUAUAUUAUUGUUAUUCUAAAAGCUUUUAAAUAUUAUGAAAAUGUAUAUUCUAUUUCUAUUUCUUUUAUUUAUUUGUUUUCUGUUGCUGAUUUUUUGCCUUUUUUCAUUUUAACUCCCUUUUUUUAUAUUUUCAACUAUUUUUCUUUUUUCUUUUUUAAUAACCUAUUUAGUUAAGUGUUCAAUCUUAUAUAUUAUUAUAUAUAAAACUAUUUAAAUAUAUAAUAAAAAACAAAACAAACAAAUAAAUAAAAAAAAUUAUGAGAAAAAUCUAUUUUAUAAUUGAUGUUAACAAUUUAAGUCUCCAUAUAACUAUAAUAGUGUAUGCUAAAUGUUUAAAAACUAUAUAAAUAAAAUGUAUUGUAAAAAUAAAACAAUAAACUUAUAAUAAAUACAGUAAUAAAACCACAAAA